GUUUGCUUGAAAUCUUCUGAAACUCUCUGUAGCGAAACACUCCGGCUUUAAGAAUAAAGCACCAGAGCACACACUACAACUUCGUAUCACUUUCAGGUAAAAUGGAUUCCAUUAGAGGAUUGACAGAGCUACAAGGUAACCAGGGUAGAGAAGGAGAAGAGGGGGGGGUUAUAUCUGUAGAGCCUAUCACGAUGAUAGUGCCACCGACGUUGCAGGAUGUGCUGGAAACAAUGACGCUUGAGAGCAGCGCCAGUUCGAGCGCUAGGGACAACGGUGGCGACCACCCUACUGCAUCGUCUGGCAACUCGUCUUUUGAGGAGACACUAGCUGCGAGAAAGGGACGGGGGAUAUGGUUGAGCAAUUUACGAAAGGCGCCCAAGGACCUGCCCACUGGAUUUAGGUUCAGGGCCGCGCUUCAUCAUGAAGUAGCAGACUGUGCGCCCUCAAUAAACGGGCUGGAUACCAGUGUACGUGGAUCAUUUGGAGGCCGGCCUGUGAUUUCCCCUACCCGGGCUGAUAUUCGACCUACUAGCAGACUACGAGCUAGCUCUGAUGCAGCUGACGCCCAACAGCAUAAGUGCUGGCUAUGUCCCAACUCCAGAGGCGCAAAGUGGUAUUACCUCUCCGGGAGAGAGAAGAGACAGCUGUUCAAGAAUGUCAGGAACAAGGUGGCGAGGUGGAAAAGGCAAUUCAUCUUUGUUCGCGAUACGCGAACAGAGAGAAUUAGCAACGACCUCGUUGCUCGGCUAUCUGAGUGGCGUGUGCCGAAUGCACACGUCAAUUACCCUCAAUUGCUACCACGGGACACGGACCUUAAGAAUCAGCUGUUGGAAUAUGCAAGGAGGGAAAACUUGAUAGAUCUAGAGGCCUUGGUUAGCUCGGAGCAGCUCACCGUGUUCGGGUUUGUCGACGUGGCAAACCUGUUCACAGAAGUAUACUGGAACGCCAGCGCUAGUGAGCCCAAGGUUCUCGAGGGUGCGCGUCGGGUAACACGCAACAAAGACAGACGCGAUUUGACGAGCGGAUGCCCCCAGCGCCACAAUAACGCAGUUCAUCCCACCGCGGCUCGAGCUCGGCGUCCAGGCCUCGUGCCAACCAGCGGGCUGAGACUGCGGCCCCCAGUGCACGCAAGCGUGCACGAGAGGAGACGGAAAGUGAGGACGAGGUCCCCCUCAUCUGGCGCAGAACAAGCGGGGGGACUCAGCUCAUGCAGGCGGCUCGAUCUUCGUGCGCUCACCCAACGCGCCCUCAGCAACUGCACGGGCAACAGUAGAGCUCGCCUCUGCGUCGACCUCAGUGUCGACGCCCAGGAUCGCAGACUUACAAUUGUUGCUGUUUGGCAGGCAUUCAGUUACGCUGUAGCGUUGUUCAAGACUGCUGCCGCAAAGAGCCGAGCAGACGAGCUCGCGAACAGAAAUAACGAGCUUAGGGAGGAGUUGGAGCGAGCUCGUGCUGAACGAGAAAGCGGGAUCCAGGAGGCAAAGGAGGAGGCCGCUUGGGUUGAGGAACGGGCCAAGAAGGCUGAGGCCGAAAGGGACCGUGCGCAGAACGAGCUGAGCUCCCUAAGGCACCAGGUCGCCAAGGCCGACCGGAACCUCAAUGCAGCUGAAGAGGCCCUGAACGAACUGAAGACAUCUCACGGGUGCUCUGUCAGUAUUGCCCGCGCUCAAGGCGUAGAGUGGCUGGUGGGGUCGGCCACGUUCCAAGACGCAGUGGCAGUGGCGUCUACUAACAUGACCACGGAGAUCUACAAUGAGAUCCGUGGUAAGGUGCUGCACCAUCACCCGGACUUCCCCAUCCUCGAGCUGGCAUUUUUUGACGGGGAAGACAUCGACGAGCAGGGUAAGAGCCUUGCUCCCCUAGCUGACACGACGGUGCGGUUGAGAUGGGAUCUCAACGAGGAAGGCAUACCUGUCUGGCCUCCUUCAGUUCUAGAGGAGGGGGAGGAUCUAGCGAGGCUGCCCUCCUUUGACGGAUGGGUGGAAGGGGCCUCUGUUGCUGAGCAGGAGCCAUCGAGUACUCCCCCCAACUCUCAGCCCGCCAUGGUGCCAGCCACGUCGCCCGUUGACGCGCCAGCUCCCGAGCUCGCAACCAGGUCUUCCCCAGCUCGCUCUGCUGCUGCUGCUACUGAUGCGUCUAUGCCCGUCGACCUGACGGAUGAUUAGAUUUAGGGUUUUUCUUUUUGAUCUUUUGUAUUUUUGUUUCUUUUCACAAACAAUUGUAUCGCAAUCUGUUGUGCUGAAACGUGUAAUUGUUUUUGAAAAGAAAUAUAAGAUCGACGAUUAUAUCAAACUGUUUUUCUUUAUUGUAUUGCAUGUACAGUUUACAUUUCCACGAACAAAUUCGUUAAUAACACAUACAUUAACUG